AUGGGCCUACAAAGAAUUCCUCUUGUAUUAUUAAAUUUAGGGGUUGUUUUAUUAUUGAACUAUCAACUUAGACCUUUUAUGUUUAUUACAAGUGGAUUGUAUUUUAUAAUACGAUUCAAAGAUACUGGAACUAUUCCAAUAGUUAAGAUAGAACUUCCAAUUGAGAAUAAUCAAGUAGAAGUAUAGAUUGAAAAUAAUGUAAAAAGAGAAGUACUUAAUGCUUUAGCAAAUGAUGAAUCUAAUGGUUAGAUUUCAUUGGAUUAAUUCAAAGAUGGUCCAGAUAAUGAAAAUACAAUUUAAAAGUAUAAUGUAAUAUCAUUUUUAUAGAUAUUAUCCAGAAUAAUAGUAAUAAUAAUAGACAAACAAUUAGCAUAUUUUAUCAGAUAGAGGAAUGCUUUCAUCACCUUCCUCUGAAUAAGUUAAAAUUAAUACUCCAAAUAAAUAAAUUUGUAUUAGUACUUCAAAUGCAAUAAUGCCUACAAUUUUAUCAACAGAAAAGAGAUUCUGUAUGUAAUGUUUAAAUGAGUAGCCAAUGAGAUCAAAACAUUGUUAAUAUUGUAAGAAAUGUAUUCCAAUGUUUGAUCAUCAUUGUCCUUGGAUUGGUAUAUGUAUAGGAGAAAAGAAUAAACUUUUAUUUCUAAUAUAUUUGUUUGUCCAAAUUGCAUAGUUAAUAGUAGGCAUUCGAAUUUCUGUUUAAAAUAUUGGAUUACUUAUAAUUAUGGGAAUUAUUGUAAUUUUAUUAAUUACUCUAUUUGGAUUUCAUGCAUUUUAUGUAGCUAAAAAUAUUACAACAUGUAAAGUGAUCAAUAAUAUAAGGGGAAUACUUAAGUUGGAAAAGGAUUUCGUAUAUCGAUUAGAAUUAAAGAUAUCCAUUUGAUAAAGGUGUAAUAAAGAAUAUUAGAUUGCUUAUCCAAAUUUCUUGCCAAAAAGAGAUUUACGAUUGGUAAAUAUAAUCUUAAUGAGUACUUUUAUUUUAAAAUAAAUUCAAAUUUAUUUAUUUUAAGAUUUUUAACAUAUAUUUUCAAACAUCUUUUGAAAAUGUAAUCUCUCUUUGUCAAGUGUUAAAAAUGUUAACAAAGACCUGCUACUAUUAAAUGUAACUAAUGUAGAUAUGGUCAAACAUACAGAUUAUGUUAUUCAUGUGAUUCUUAAAUUCAUAAUCGAACAGGUCCUGUAGAUUAGCAACAUAAAACUGAAAUUAUUCCAUAUUAAGGUAUUGGUUAAUAUUAACACAAUUCUAGAAAUGUACUAGAAAAAUUAAGGUAGUGUCCCUGUUCCUUAAAAAAAUGAUUAAAGAAAUUCAUUCAAAAAAAAUGAUUAUAAACCUUAACCUUAAGUUCCAACAAAGGAGUUUAUAAAUAAUGAGUAUAAGAAACCUGAAUAUUCAAAAACAAUUGAUAUUAAUAGAGUAAGCAAUAAACAUGAUUAUUUGGAUAAAAAAAUCGAUAGUCAUGAUAAAAGAGCUGAUCAAUAAUAUUUAUCUAAUGAUAAAAGACCUUAUUCUUCUAAUUAAAAAAUUACAUCUGAUAAUGAUAGAAAUAGUCAGCAAUUAAUUAGUUAAUUAAGAGAAGAAUAAUAACAAACAGAAAAACUUAAGGCUGAAUUAUAAUAAGCUAAUUAAAGAGAGAGAGAUACAUAACGAAGAUUGUAAUAAAUAAUUUAUAAAUCUUUAGAUAAAAAUAAGAAUAAGAAUUUGAAUAAAAAAGUAGAGAGGAUAAAUAAAAAAUUUAAUAAUUAACAGAAGAAAAUAGAAAUUUGAAUAAUAAAUUAAAUUAAACAAAUAAACAUAUAUAAGAGGAAGUAAAUAAAGUAAGAAAUCAAUAUGAAGAUUAAAUAAAUGAAUUAGAAUAAAUUCUUAAUGAAAAAAAUUAGUAAUUAGAAAGUAUUGCUUAAGAAUAUAAUUUGGUAUAAAUUUGUAUAAAUUUAUUAGGAAGAAUUAUAAUAAACUCUUAAUGAAUUACAAUAAGAAUCUUAAAUGAAAGAUUAAAUUAUUGAAUAAUUAUAAUAAAAUUUAAAUGAUAAUUAAGAAGAAUUAUAAUAAUUGAAGGAAGAAUUUAUUAAUAAUAAUUCUAAAAAGAAUUUAUAAUCCUCAAAUAAAAAAUCUGUUAAGAGUAAUGAUAAUCAAAAAGAUGAAAUUAUAUAAGAAUUAGGAUAAUAAUUAGAAGCUAAAGAUGAAGAAAUACAUAAAUUAGAAGGUAAUUUUAAUAUAUAAUUAAGAUUUAAUUGAAAAUUUCAAGUAAUUAUAUUAACAUAUGAGUGAUGAAAAAUAACAAUUAUAAGAAGAAGUAGAAAAAUUGGCAAAUGAAAAUAAUUAAUUUAGAGAUAUAUUCAGUGUAUGAAUUAUUAAUUAUUGGCUAAUAGCAAAAUUUACAUCUUUUUGGAAUAGAUCCAGAAUAAUUAAAUGAAGAAGGAGAGGAAGGAGAAAAUGAUUAUCCAGAAGAAAUUGCUGAAGAAAAUGAUGAUCAAAAUGAUUGA